AUGUCAGGUGAAUAUGAGAAACUAGGCCGCUCAACCGCGAAGUCGGCAAACUCCAUCGAACUCCGCCUCGCCCAACGGCUCUCUAUCUACACAUUCGGCAUUUUCUACAUCCUCUGCUCUGGUCUAAUCAACUUCCACGCACCAUCGGAGGAGUUGAUAGCUGAGUAUGGUAUCGACAAAGUAUCUGGUUUUUACGGACCAGGCAGCUGGGCGGCAUGGCUCCUCACCACCAUGGCCUGCUGUAUAGACCAACUAUUUAAUCGUCGGCCAAGAGUUGACCUGCCACAAGGUCGUCUCUUGAAUUCAAAAUCCGGCAUGAACAUCAACCUCAUUGCCGUGUACAGCUAUCCUCUCAUCGCCGGCGUCGACCUUCUCUGGCGCUCCAGUCAACACGAUUUCUCCAAGGAAGCCUCAUCUAUAGAGAUCGGCUGUAUCGCAGCCUCCCUCACCGUCCUUCGGAUGGGAGCCGGUCUCGGGACUCUCCUCUCAAUCUUCUGUAUCCGACGACAAGUGAUCCAUCCAACGUCCCUCGUUUCCGUCAUCCUCACCAUCGCCGCAUCAUCCACACUAUUUAUCAUGUCCCUCACAUUCGACAUCAUCUUGAUAGGUUUCCGAGCCAAGGAUUUCGCACUCAACCUGUUCGGCUUGCCAGGUCCAAACUUUCAACUCGAAACCCCUAAUUCCGGCUUAGCUGCCCUUCUCCAAACCUCAAACCUGGUCGGUGAGCAAGCGAGACUCCCCCGCCUUGCUCUGUACUUCAUCGGAGGAGACAUGGCGAUCGCACCUAGGAUUAUCCUUUCUUUUCUCUCAAUAUUCACUCCCGUGUCUCUGUUAUUCACGUACGGUGCAAGCUGGGGUCUGGUUCCUCGCACGCUAGUCACGGUCUUCAUAGUGUAUCUUGGAAUGGCGCUACUCUUCACGUUGAGUACGUUCUUCGUGACGUUCUUCGGGUGGUAUUUCUGGACGGGUACGGAUAUACCAAUUACGAUUGCGAGAUUGGGGGAUCUGGAUCAGCUUUCGGUUUUGUGUCUCAGUGGGGUUUUGAUUGUGGUUAGUACUUUGAUGAAGCUGGUGCCUGGGUGUGGGAGGAUGAAGAGGUAG